AUGCUAUGCAAUGGCAAAAUCCUCCAGUCACCGCCAGAACAACGAAUCGUUAUCUGUUCAAAGGAAAAUAGCUCAGACAGUCAGGGGUCUGCUUUCUUUCCCAUAAUUCACUUGCCUACUGGGCACGAGAGGUCAGUGCAAGAGUCAAACAGAAACGAUUUCAUAAUAUUUACAUCUAUCUAUCUAUCUAUCUAUCUAUCUAUCUAUCUAUCUAUCUAUCUGUUUUUAAUCAAAUCGUAUCUAUCUAUCUAUCUAUCUAUCUAUUGCAUCUGUUCAUAUAUAUGUAUCGAAAUCUGUUCAUAUCUAUCUAUCUAUCUAUCUAUCUAUCUAUCUAUCGCAGUCUGUUCAUAUCUAUCUAUCGCAGUCUGUUCAUAUCUAUCUAUCUAUCUAUCUAUCUAUCGCAGUCUAUACAAUCUAUCUAUCUAUCUAUCUAUCUAUCUAUCUAUCUAUCUAUCUAUCUAUCUAUCACAGUCUGUUCAUAUAUCAAUCUAUCUAACUAUCAAUCUAUCUAUCUCAGCCUGUUUAUAUCUAUCUAUCUAUCUAUCUAUCUAUCUUAGUCUGUUCAUAUCUAUCUAUCUAUCUAUCUAUCUCUCGAAAGGCUUAAAUCUAUAUCAGUCUGUCUACGCCGAUAUAGUUCAAUGCUUUUAA